CCUGCCACAUACCUCUUGUGUCUGAGCCGUUGAAUUGAGAUUAGCUUAGCUUGUUUGAUUGCCUUGCGGAGGGAAUGUGCCUAAUAAAGCCGGCAUUCAAUUCUAUGAGUAACUUUAUGUGAGGUGUCUCAUUGAACAAAUGCAAGUAAUCUCUGGCUGACAUGUUUUAUAGAGUAUACCACAGGUUCCCCAAAAAGAGAGACAAGUUUCUCAAUUGAAUGCACACAAAGUUGAUUAGAAUUGUACACUGGUAUUCUGUAUGCUAGAAAAAACAGAAACUACUGGCGUAGGCAAAGCUAUCUAUCGACAUGUGACAUUGUGGUUAAGACGACAAAUCCUAAAAGCUGGUGACGAUGAGACGGGUAGCAGUAUUCAUCAAGGGCUAGCGGCGUCUACUCAGAGAAAGAGAGACAGCAUUGAAGUCUCAUCACUGACUGGGUAAAAUGGAGUUGCCGUUGUUCACUGCACUCCCAACUGAUGAAACUCUUUCUGGAGAUUACACAGACGACUAUGGGACCUUCACUGAGACCCCAGGGGGGCUAUGUGACAAGAGCUGGGUGAGGGAGUUUCGGGGUCUCUACGAACCCCCGCUGUUCUGGCUCAUCUUCAUCUUGGGCGCUGUGGGCAACCUGAUGGUGGUCUUCAUCUUUACCACGGUGCGCCACCGCCUCAAGACCAUGACGGACGUCUACCUACUCAACCUGGCCGUGGCCGACCUUCUCUUCCUGGGCACGCUGCCUUUCUGGGCCGCCGACGCCACCAAGGGCUGGAUGUUCGGCCUGAGCCUCUGUAAGCUCCUCUCGGCCAUCUACAAGAUCAACUUCUUCAGCAGCAUGCUGCUGCUCACAUGUAUCAGCAUGGACCGCCAUGUGGCUAUCGUCCAGGUUACCAAGGCCCACAACCAGAAGAACAAGAGGCUGUCUGUCAGCAAGCUGACCUGCCUAGCUGUCUGGAUCAUCUCAGGCCUCCUGGCCCUGCCUGAGUUAAUCUUCGCCCAAGUCAAGCCUGACCGUAGGGGCAAUUCCUUCUGUGUCUUGGUCUACCCAAACAACCUCUUCAAUCGCACCAAGAUCCUGGUGCUCGUUCUGCAGAUCUGUGUGGGGUUUUGCCUGCCGCUGCUGGUCAUGGUGCUGUGCUACUCUGUCAUCAUCCGCACCCUGCUGCAGGCCAAGAGUUUCGAGAAGCACAAGGCACUCAGGGUCAUCUUCGCUGUGGUGGCUGUGUUUGUCCUCUCCCAGCUGCCGUACAAUGGGCUACUGGUGGUCGACGCCACGCAGGCCGCCGACACCACCAUUACGGACUGUGCUGUAUUGGAACUUUUCGAUGUCGCUGGUCAAAUUUCCAAGAGUCUGGCAUACACCCACGCCUGCAUUAACCCCUUCCUGUACGUGUUCAUUGGCGUUCGCUUCCAGAAGGAUCUGCUGAGGCUGCUGAAGCUGUGCACCUGCGGCCUGAGCCAAGGAGGUGUCAGUAAGCUGCAGGCCGUCCCCAACCGCGCUUCUGUCAUGUCUGACACUGAGACUACCUGUGCCCUCGCCUUGUAAUCGUGCCCACUGAAGCCACACACACAUUCAACAUCACUUCAGAUCACAUAAUUUCAUUGGUAAACACCUCAUUCCGCACCUUUCUUCUUCCAUGAUAUCAUAUGCUGCUAGGUGGGACACUCCCACCUGUUGCAUCCUGAGUACAUUGGUAUUUUACCAGUAUAGAAAUGUAAUUACCCUGUGCUGACAAUCAAGAAACAUGCUAUACAUGAAAAGCAUACCAUUCUCUAAGACAUUGUAUUAAAGUGUAAAUUAUUGUAUAUAUACACUGAACAAAAAAUAAACGCAACA